AUGUUGAAAAGUUUUUUUUUUUUUAUUUUAUUAUUUUUUUUUUUAUUUUAUUUUAAUUUUUUUUUUUUUAUUAAAUUUAGAUUCAGAUUAAACGAAAUCAACUGCAAAGAUUUUUAUUUUUUUUAUUUUUUUAUUUUUUUUAUUUUAUUUUAUUUUUUUUUUUUUCAAAAACUGUUUUUUUUUAAAAUUUUUGUUUCCAUUCUUUUUUUGAAUGAGAAUGGUGUUAUGAUUUACGAGCAUAAAUUGCGCCAAAUUUGUUAUUGUUUUUUUUUUUUUAUUAUCGAGUACAUUAAUUUUUGA